UCACAGUGGGGCGAACUCGGCGAGUGGGGCGGGGAGGGGCUCAUUCUCGGCGACUAUCCACACAUCGCACAGCAGGCGGCCACUCCAUGACAGCACCUCGGCGUUGGUGGCCUCACGCAUUACCUUCAGCAGUGGCUCGAGGAUGCCGGCCGCCACCACGGCACCGCUGUGAUGUUGCGCAGCGCCACCAUGGCCCCCCAGCACACGAGGGGCGGGACAGCACCAGCAUUGGCCACCGUUGCGGCGUGAUGAGCGGCUAGCAUGCCCAGCAGGCAUGCUGCCGGCCCCUGCAGCUUCUCGUUCCCCAGCUGCUCCACCCACCAACACAGGCACGACACGGACGUUGACGGCCUUCUGCCCCACCAUGCCAUCCAGGUGCUUGAUGAAGAGCAGCCGCAUGAGCUGCCGCACGGCGCGGACCCGAAGCUGCCCAUCACUGGCCGACGCUAUCAGGUGGCAGAUGUCGGUCACGACGGCCGUGAUCUCGGCCCCGACGGCCUCGUCGUAGGCCUCCUUCGUGCGGAUGGCAUUGUAGAGCUUCCUCGUCUUGGUCAGCACUGCUUGGGGUGAGGGAUGGCCAGCUGUGGUGCUGGCGGCAUCGGCUGGGCUGCCCGCCGACUCCAUCGCCUCACGGCUGCGAAGACCAACACGCACACACAGAUUGCAGACUGGUCCACGGCUGCUCUCUGCCGUUCUUCUGACCUGGCGAGUACUCGGCUUCCCUUCACUUUGGUCCCGCUGACGCGCUGCUGUCCGGUGCAGAUCUCACAGCUCACCUGCAGGAUCGAAGACACCACGAAAUGAGA